AUGAACCUUGAAAUUCCUACGACGCAACUUCUGCUCUUCGUCUUCCUCUUGUACGUCGUCGCGACUCGCGGCGAGGGCAUUGAAGAAUCGAGAAACGAAUCCGCGAACGAAGGAGUGAAGCCAGUUGAAGAGUUCUACGAGGAAUCCUCCAGCGAAGACCAAUUUUCUCUGCAGUCAGCGACUACUACCGAGCCCACGACAACUAUAGAAACCUACCGGAAACUGACGUUGUCCGUCACAGACAAGAAGAACAUCUCCAGAGAAUUUCGACCAAGUGUGCAUCUAGGAGAGAUCAAAGAGUCCAGAAUAAGCAGCGGUCCCUUCAACAAUCUUCAUCACUUCAAGUUUGACAGUGGUGCGGAUCCUGGUUCCUACUACGAGCACCUGAACGACUUCCGGUUUGUCCUUCAACCCACUGCGCAGUCUCUUCAAGUUGAUCAUCAAGGAUACAUCCAUCAGAAUUUGCACGAAACUGUUUCUGGUUCGUCGGAAGAGGGGAAAAAGGAUGGGACAGAGCAGAACAAUUUUGUAAAAUUCCAAAAUGAUGUAUUAAAUGUUCCUAGAUACCAAUAUGGCGGACCUUCGAAGGAUCAAGCAUCGGAUCAACAGUUUGGUUAUCCAGCGAUGGAAAAUGUUGGGGCACAGUAUGAUUUAGUGGAUCAACAGGUGUUUCAGAAUUUAGAGAAGCCUACCUACGAGCAAGAAGCUUAUACUUUGUUAGGAAAACCAUCCAAGUUUCAGAGUGAACCUCACAAACAUGAAGUGGGAAAUUUUCUCAAGGUUGAUCCUCUGAAGACACAGAAUUACGCGGGAUUUUAUGAUCAUCAGGCAAAUCAACAGAGUUCGCAAGAUUACGAAAUAUUGAAGAAGCCUGGUAAUGGGGUGAUUUACGUUCAGGAGUCUUCGUUCCUGAAGACCAAGAAGUAUCCUUACUUUGUUCAUCAGCCAGUUGUUGGGAAUCAUCAAAUUGAAUUCCACGAUGGCGGACACUCGAAUUAUCCUGUUAGAAAAAGAGUGUCACCCUGGAAGAAGAUCCUCCGCCUGAUUGGCGCGUUUCUGCCUCUGGGCCUGCUCAUAGCCGCCCUAACGCCGAAUGUCGUAAAGGUUGACAACACCACCCAGCCCAGCAUAGUUCUAUCGAAAUGGAGGGUCACUGACCUGCCAGUGGAGCACAAACAGGCGCGAUUCACGGAUGCCAUGAACGUCUGCGAGGAGAGAUCGAUCUGCGAUAUUAUCUUAGCUGGUGGCGACGCCGGAGCAACCACGUUGCAGAACAUCCUGUGGAACCUGGCGACCAGAGCGACAAGUGCAAUGGCAAAGGAAAGCGGGCUUCAGGAAGUUUUCGAAGCGGUGAAGAAAAAAGAUUGUAGAAACGUCUCUUGCUGA